AUGGAAACACCAAUCCGCCUCACAGUCCUCAUAUCAGGCAAUGGCAGCAACCUCCAAGCCGUCAUCGACGCCAUCAGCAAGAAAGAAAACAGCCCCCUCCCCAACACACAAAUAGUGCGAGUCCUCUCUAACCGCAAAACGGCCUAUGGCCUCGAACGCGCAGCCCAAGCCGGCAUCCCAACAACAUACCACAAUCUCGUGAAAUACAAAAACGCGCAUCCAGCAACUCCGGAAGGUGUGCAGGCUGCCAGGGAAGAAUAUGAUGCGGAAUUGGCGCGCUUAGUGAUUGCCGAUAAGCCGGAUUUGAUUGCGUGUUUGGGGUUUAUGCAUGUGUUGUCGACGAGGUUUUUGAGGCCGUUGGAGCUUGUUGAUGGGGGGAUUAGGAUUGUGAAUUUGCAUCCUGCGUUGCCGGGGGCGUUUAAUGGGGUUGACGCAAUCGAACGAGCUCAUGCGGCCUGGCAAGAAGGGAAGAUUACCAAAACCGGGGUGAUGAUACAUAAUGUGAUUUCAGAGGUUGAUAUGGGACAGCCAAUCCUCGUUAAGGAAAUUCCGUUUGUGGAGGGCGUUGAUGAAGACUUGGAAAAAUUCAAGAGCAAGGUGCACGAAGUCGAAUGGGGCGCGGUUAUUGAAGGGUUGCAAAUUGCCAUUCGCGAGAUUCGGGAGAAACGGUCGUCUUCUGGGUCUGCAGUUUGA